CUCAUUCGUGUCAUUUUCCACUGCAAGCCUAGCAAGUGGAUCAAAAACGAUUGUUCUUCCGUGCGGGGAGACGAACUCGUAAAUGUGUUUCGCCCAUUUAAAGGAUACUUUAGCUUGCAGUGUUUGGAAUGAACAAAUCGUGACACGGAUUUGUAGCACAAAAGCUGAUUUAUGGACUUGUGGAAUCCGUUUCGAAACGGUAAUCCAAUACGGCUACCGAGUCUAGUGAAACAGGAGUGAAACACAGUGACAGAGGCGAUGUGAGCUAAUCAUUGCGUCUGGUGAGAAGCGAGCUAGUGAGAACGGUUAGUGAGGUAAACGGUGGAACGCACAAUACUGAACAGCAACCACUAGAACCCCUCCGUUUGGCGUAAUUUCAUCGUCUUCAUCAUCAUAAUCAUCAUCACGACCGCCGUCAUCAACACAAUCGAGCGAAGGAAAGAAACCGAAGGCAGAGCAUUUUAUCAGAACGGUUCCGAUAUAACUAACGAAAAGGGGGGAAAACCCUAUCGAUAAUACAACACGUUCGCAAGGAAAGUACAUUAUCUGGAUCGUUUAGUACAACAUUCCUGCACCAGUUCACGCGCAUCAAUGGUGAAACAAAUUGAUUAAGCUACCAAAAGCUCAAGGAACGGCACAAAACAAAACCAGCAGCGGCAGCGACAAAACAAACAAAAAAAAAACAGUGUUCAUUAACGAUAGUGCUUAGUGGCUUAGUGGCCUGUUAUAAGAAAGAGACGCCUUCAGCGGAUAGCGUGAAUAUUCUGCUUAUGGUAACGAAGCGCACAGGACUGAAAUCGAAAAGAAGGACCCCGAGCAAGGGCAAAUGCACAAACGUGGAAUAGAGCGACAGCGACGCACAGUGUAGAUACGAUAGAUUAUCGAUAGAAACUGAAUAGUGCUGGGAAAGUGCACAAUUAGUAGCAGCCCAUUCAAAGCUCAAACGAUAUAAACGUUACCACUUUUAGUACCCUUGCGCGUCACCGGUAAAAGGGGCCUACGGCACAUAGAACACAACCAUGAACGAAUUGGAAGCGCUUCGACAGGAGGCGGAAACGCUGAAGAAUGCUAUCCGGGAUGCGCGGAAGGCGGCCUGCGAUACGUCGCUCGUCCAGGCGACAAACAAUCUCGAGCCGAUCGGCCGGAUACAGAUGCGCACGAGACGCACCCUUCGGGGCCAUCUGGCGAAAAUCUACGCCAUGCACUGGGGCAGCGACUCGCGGAACCUGGUGUCGGCGUCGCAGGAUGGCAAGCUGAUCGUGUGGGACUCGCACACCACCAACAAGGUGCACGCGAUCCCGCUCCGUUCGUCCUGGGUGAUGACGUGCGCGUAUGCGCCCUCGGGUAACUUUGUCGCCUGCGGCGGUCUGGACAACAUCUGCUCGAUCUACAAUCUGAAGACACGCGAGGGCAAUGUGCGUGUGUCGCGCGAGCUUCCGGGACACACGGGUUAUCUGUCGUGCUGUCGCUUCCUGGACGACAACCAGAUCGUGACCAGCUCGGGCGACAUGUCCUGCGGGCUGUGGGACAUCGAGACGGGCCAGCAGUGUACCUCGUUCCUCGGACACACUGGGGACGUGAUGGCACUGUCACUGUCACCGCAGUGCCGGGUGUUUGUGUCCGGUGCGUGUGACGCAUCGGCGAAGCUGUGGGACAUUCGGGAGGGUCAGUGCAAACAGACGUUCCCAGGGCACGAGAGCGACAUCAACGCGGUCACCUUCUUCCCGAACGGACACGCCUUUGCGACGGGUUCGGACGAUGCGACCUGCCGGCUGUUCGACAUCCGGGCCGACCAGGAGCUGGCGAUGUACUCGCACGACAACAUCAUCUGCGGCAUCACGUCCGUGGCGUUCUCGAAGUCGGGCCGCUUGCUGUUGGCGGGCUACGAUGACUUCAACUGCAACGUGUGGGACACGCUGAAGGCGGAACGGGCAGGUAUACUGGCCGGACACGACAACCGGGUGUCCUGCUUAGGCGUGACAGAGAACGGCAUGGCCGUGGCGACCGGCUCCUGGGACUCGUUCCUACGGGUAUGGAAUUAAGGGAUGUUGCACAAGGCGAGGGUAGCAGCUGUAGGCUCGGAAGCGAAAGAAGGAAGGACGAACCAGCACGCGUGCGAUGCUGGUCGAGCAGCGCAGCGACACAGGAGCUGCCAUUUAGGUUAAUAACCAUAUACAUAUAUAUAAAUGAUACAGAUUUUUAUUUCUGACACUGAACUCUUAAGGCAAAUCUGAUAUGAAACAAGAAAAAACGCAACAACCUAGCGCUCUAAUGCCGAUGGCCGAUGCUCUUUUUAUAAUACAAGAGAUAACCCGAGAUCGUGACCUUUUUGCGCACUGCACAAACCAAAAAAGGAUUCGUCAAAGGAAGCCGGGGGAUCGUAGGAACGUACGUACACGGGGGGUUUGCAAAAACGGGCGCAAAUAAGCACAAACACACUCACAACACACGUACAAGCAGAAAAUAGAGGCUUUCCCGAAAGAUCCAAGUUUCAAGUGUGCAUGUUUCACAUGGCGAAACAAUAUUCAAACCAUACGUUUGCAAAUCUACUGCAUGAACGGUGAUGGCUGAUGGCGAACGUUAGAACAGGACGAAAAUGUCGUAGUUAUUUAUAUCGAACUAUUUAACUAUUCGCGUAAACACAUAAACACACGCACACACAAACACACAGUUUCAAUCAUGAAAACAUUGAAAAAUUUCCUUUCAAACAAUCAAAUCCCCAAAGAGGAAAGAGCAGCUCCGGAUGAACAAUGUGAAUUGCAUCUUUUAUUUAUAUGAUAAAGAGAAAGGAAACCGGAAGGAAAUGAUGAAAAGUGAAGCAAAUAUGUUAAUGAAGAUUAUACAAAAGUUAAGUUGAAAGCAACAGCGCCCAUUAAGCAGCAAGCAUACUAAUUGUCUAAAGGAUUGAUCCGCCAAACGAUGCUUGGCAGAAGUGUUAAGUUGCAUUUGUAGUACUGCUUCCUUUCGUUUUCUUCUCGUAUAGCCAAAUGUGAGAGAUAUUUCAUUUAGUAUGCAUUUCCAUUAAUGUUGCAAAGCAUUCAAAUUCAUUCUUUUAACAUUAACAUACAAAAGUAAACGCUGCUCGCAGAGUACGUACGCAAAUACUAAUGCAUAAAGCAACAUUUUUACACUAUAUACACACACACCGACACAAACACAUAAUUACAUAAUUAGGUAAAGAAUACAUGCAUGCAACCGUGUGGCCGAUGGAAGCAAAACACUAAUAGCAUACAAUCUAGAAACUCUAAACCCUAAGCAGCAGCAUUAGACGAGAAAUGGCCAGUCACAUAUGGCACGCGGCAAGCAACAGAACGGAACAAAAGAAAUAAUGCGCAACAGAAAGAAAAGAAAACAGAAGAAGAAGAAAAAACAAACAAAAAAUACACUAAUAUUUGUCCCUGUAAUAUAAUGAUCGUAAGCUAGUGAACGGUAGUUGAAAACGAGGCGUUUUAGUGAACGUUUACGUUUAAGGUAACUGCAAAUAAAACAAAAAAAAAGAAAACAACAAUUGAACAAAAAAACAGAAUGGGAACCAUCCCCCUUGAUUUGAAUGUGACCAUCUCUUCUGAUCACGUUUGGUGAAAAAUGCGUGCAUGUUUGGUAAAUGUAAAGCUAUUUGCACCGAGAUUCGCAAAAAAACAGUUAGCGAAGAGAAAGGAAAACUAAACAAUAUUAACAGCUGUCUCUUGUAGCAGGUGGCGGAUUGGAAAAAUGUAGACAUCACGAAUAGUUAAACUCAUGCUUUAUCUUGUUUUCUUUCCCUGUUUCUACCGAUACUCGAAUGUGAGCAGUUGCAAACUGUGUUGUUGUGCACCUUUUACAUCUGUUUUGUUUCUACCCUCUAGGGUACUACCAUUCCAUUCAGCUUGUGUGCACAAAAAUCUCAUUUCACACCUUUUUGUCCAUUAGCUCCAAUAACUUGAAUGUGUGCAUAAAAGAGGGAACAGAGGAGAAACACAAACCAUUGCAAGCACUGAACCUUAAUAAAAACAGAAACAAUUUGAGAAACGAGUAGUAAACACGUUGAGUAAGAAAUCAAAUGAGAAAAGUAAGUGUAUCAAAAGGGAAGAAGAUAAUAGAAUGUUUUAUUAUUUCGUCUCUCUAGCGAUUCUGUAAUGUUGAAGUAAAUGUUUUGUGGAAUAUGUAAUGAGAUAUAAAUGAUAGGGGAGAGACACUGGUGUAACACAGCAGAGCAAAUAUGGACUACACUUUUUGCUUACUUUCGCAUAACUAGAGCAGAAACCAAACCUACAGCAAUCAGUGAUAAUACGGUAUUUGACCAACACAUAACAAGUAAAACAUUGCACAGAUAAAACCGAAAAUCAUUUUCACCAUAAAUCAUACUUUCUUUACAACCAAAACAAAGCUCAAUCCAGCAAUAGGCAACAACACACAAUAGGAAAGUAAAGGAAGGUGGGGUGAGAAACAAAAUCCAAACAUUUAACUGAAAAAGAUGAUAAUACAGUAGAACAAAACACAUUCAAUUUCUCGCGUCGUGUAUGAAACAAGUGAACGAUUAAAAUUUAUUUGAAGGAACGUUGUUUCAACAAAACAUCUCAAACGAAUGCCACCAUUAGGACAGUUUAUUGCGCAAAAGUUAUCAGUUGGAACAAUACGCCUUCCACCAAAAAAAGCGAGAGUGUCGUCGCAAAUAGACACUUAGCGGCAAAUCGAUCGUUGCGAAUGCAGCGCAAGGGGAAAUUAAAUUAGCGUAUCACUCAAAAGGAAGAACAUUGAACGAUUGUCACACAAAUGAAAGGGGAUCAGCCACGGGCCAUUUUGUACCGUUUUGGAGCUAAUUUUUUAAAAUAAUUCUUCAGUGUGCUGCACCGAUUUUGGUUGUUAGUGUUUACCCAAGGAAUAAACUUCUGAGACAUUUUAUUUGGCGCACAAAUCAUUGCAAAGGAGAAAGGAAAAAAAACCAUACAUUUUGUAAGAAAACAGAAAUAAUUCUAUCAGCUUUGUGCGAAUUGCGAUUGCCACUGGAGCGAUGGUGAGAAAGAAGGGAUGGUUGAAACUGAAGAGGCUGGACCUCAUGUGGAAUGGCAACAUGAAAUGCGUUUUUGGGCAAAUGGGGACAGUUUCGUUGCGUUCGAGAGUGGAUCGUUUGCCGUGUUACAGUACAGCUCUUGGAUGGUUCGCGGUUCAGGCACGUGAACUUAAGUUUUUGGCUCUUUCGUCAAACCCUUCUCUCUAUGCGGAGGGAGUUUAAACGAGAGUAAAAUGUCUCUUGAACGUGAAGUAAGACGUGAAAUAGAUUAUCUGAUUUGGUUUUGCUUAACUUUCAAACACAGCUCCUAAGGUCCUAACAGCCCGAAAAUUUCGUGCGGAUGAUCGAAUCAUGCGUAAAUGAACGCUACAGCAGAAAACGAGAGAAAACAAAAACCAUUAACCCGUAGAAACUCUUAUCAUUCGUGUGUUACCAUGUGCAAAAAGUGCUUCAUUACAAGACAAAAGCUCUAGAAACGAUAAGUCUAGGCAGAAUGAAACGAAAAUGAAGCAUAGUAAUUGUACGGUAUUCAAUCAAAUAAAACAAAAACUCACUUUCAACAACAAACAUGAACGCGCCGGGUGAAGAAUAAAGUAAAUAUGAAACAAAACAAAAACAGCUAAAAACGUGAAGAAAAAAAUACGGUGGAAAGUGUAGCGUAACUAGCAUUUAGACGUAACUAUAUAGCAUCAAAUGGGAAGGAAAAAGGUAACAGUGGUUAAUAAAACAAAAAGGAGAGAAACUACAUCAACAUACCAAAUAUUCAUCGCAAGAAAACAAAAGAGCAUUAACACUUGCUGAAAAAAAAACUACAAGAAGAAUAACGUGAGUAGGAAGAGACGAAAGACGACGAAAAAAAAACAAAAUCAACACGCAUUAAGCGGAUGCGGCUGUGAACUAGCCGUCAAACAGUUAUAAACAAAACAUUAACA